CAGCGGCAAGUGUUACUUAUCAAUCAAGUUCUAGGGCAACAACAAGCUUUUUGAAGACAAACGUUCCAUGCAAGGCUACAGCGACCAAUCCACAGAACAUUUCUUUUAUGUUUUUCCCUUUGGGGUAACGUUAUAACGCGGGAGGAUUCGGAAAAAGAGUGCAUUCUCAUUUGUUAACAAUUUCAACUGGAAACAGCGUUUCUGAGACGUCGUGAUUGCAGAACCGGCCGCAUCUCCAAGGGAUUCGAAGUAAUAUAUUGGCUUAGACGUUAAAAGGCGUUGCUUUUGAAGUUGGUAUAUGCUUAUACCCUUGGAAGGCUGAAUAAAUUAACGCCUCCAAGGUAACGAUCGUACCUGGUGAGGCAUUACGCGGAAUUUUCUCUAGUACCCAAGUUAGUCUUAAGGUGCGCUGUAAGGUUUAACUGUACACCGAACAAUUGAAUGUAUCGUCAUUUAGAAUCGGCUUCUAGUACUUUAGUUCCGCUUUAUUGUGGCACAUUACAGUAAUAUACAGUGCUCAGCAGGUCAGCAAAUUCCCAUAGAGGAUGUUGAUCAGAUCAUUUUCAUUUUUGUGUAAAUAGUUUUAACAGAAUUUAAAAAAUAGACUAAUACUACAAACUGACACUAUUUUAAAUUAUAUAAACAAAACAAAACCAUUCAAUGAGUGAUUUAGUUUGCGUUAUAUGAAUGUGUCGAUGAUAUAUAGUUGAAAUAUUUUUAGUGAAACGUUUUGAUACUGUGCAUUAAAUGUAUCUUUAUUUUUCAACAUUUUAUGACAAGGAUUAUUUAUAACUUUUAUCUGUAAUGAGCAUGCUUAGAGUAACAUCAUAAGUUAAACAUGUUGAGAUCCUAGUUUAUCUUACAGUUUUUAGCUAAAUCACAUUGGCUUUUAAUACAAAAUGUUUUCAAAAAGCAGAAUAUUUCUUUAGCUUGUGCUUAGAUGUGUGGUGUUGUCACAUUUAUAUUGAUAUUUGAAGGUUGUAACAUAAGUCCAAAAUCAAAUUAGGAAAAUGUCCUUUUUAGCUGCCCGGAGUUUCCUGCUCACAGUGAAACUAUUUGUCAGGAAAAAUACUAGCUUUCCAUAUGCAUCUUUUCAGCUACGAAACAUUCAGAAGUUCCUUAGGACACAUAAAGGCUCAUCAUUAACUAUUGUGUCUAAACUCACAUUGGUGUGCUGGAGUGUAAGUAAGCUAGCAUUGUCAUCUAUUCAUUGCCAGGAAGCUGUCAAAAACUCUGAUUUUAAACUUUGCAGAGAGGUUUCUCAAAAUAAGUCAGUCUUCAGUGUGCAAGUACACAAACUACGUUUUUUUCUUCACUUGGGUGUACGGUCCUUUUUCCUGUGUCUAAAAUUCACCCCACUCAUUUUAUUAUACCCCUUCACUCUGUUAUCAUCUAAAAUCUCCUCUCUCUGGCUUGACCUUCUUUUGUGGACGAUGGAGUCAUGUGGACCCACAUUUGUUAAGUUGGCCCAGUGGGCGAGCACACGGCCUGACCUGUUUUCAAGGGAAUUUUGUAGCAAGUUUUCUCGUUUGCAUGUGCAUGUUAAGCCACAUUCCUGGGUUUACACCACACUCUGUUUAAAGAAAGCCUUUGGAGAUGAAUGGGAUAAAGUCUUCAACUUUGAAAGCAAGCAACCUGUGGGCUCAGGCUGUGUGGCACAAGUUUAUAAGGCUCAUGCCCAUGUGGAUUAUAUCAAAGAUCCCGAAUUCCAUCAUUUGGUGAACAGUUUAGAAAAAGAGGACCUGUAUGAAGCCUGGGAGAUUCCUGGUCUUCACGGUAUUCUCAAUCUAUUUAAAGGGAAGAGCGACAGCAAUCAAAGCCAUAGAGGUGAAUUGCAGCUUCCAGAUUUGUCUUCAAAUAAACACCUUAUUCCAGUAGCUGUUAAGGUCCUCCACCCAGGGAUUACACAUCAAGUUCAGGUUGAUCUUUUGCUUAUGAAGGCUGGAAGCUGGUUGGUCAGCUGUCUGCCAGGUCUGAAAUGGCUUAGUUUGCCUGAAGUAGUGGUUGAGUUUGAAAAGCUCAUGGUUAGGCAGAUUGAUUUAAGAUAUGAAGCGAGAAACAUGGAAAGAUUUAGUGAAAACUUCAACAACGUCGAGUUUGUGAAGUUUCCUACACCUCUUCGACCAUUUGUAACAAAGAACAUUUUGGUGGAAACGUUUGAGGAAAGUGAGCCCAUAUUCAAAUAUCUGUCUCAUGAUACACCGACAGAGCUGAAGCAGAAGAUUGCAAGGAUGGGUGUAAACACACUUCUAAAGAUGAUUUUUGUUGAUAAUUUUGUACAUGGAGACCUUCACCCAGGAAAUAUUUUGGUGCAAUGGGGUAAACAAAAUACACCACAUGGAACAAUGACUCUGCUUGAUAUGUGUGAUACUCUGAUUGUUAACAUGCGACCAUCCCCUGCAGAAGUGCAUCUUGUCCUGCUAGAUGCUGGAAUUGUGUCAGAGCUCAGUGGAACAGACCUUAAAAAUCUUCAUGCUGUUUUCUCUGCCGUUGUCCUCGGUCAGGGUGCUAAAGUUGCAGAACUAAUUCUUCAUCAUGCCCGUGCUUCAGAGUGCAGUAGUGUUGAAAAAUUUAAGCUGGAAAUGGCAGAGUUGGUGAAUGAAGCAAGAAAAAACACUAUAACUCUGGAAAAGCUUCAUGUUGCUGAUUUGCUGUCUCGAGUCUUCAGACUUCUCAUCACUCACAAGGUUAAAUUGGAGAGUAAUUUUGCUUCGAUUGUUUUUGCCAUCAUGGUUUUGGAAGGAGUUGGGAGGUCCCUGGAUCCUAACCUGGAUAUCCUGGAAAUGGCAAAGCCAUUUCUCCUUAAGAACUGUGCAUCUCUUGUGUGACCGUCACUUCUACCCUCCAUGGCAAGAAAGCAAUCCAGUUUGAACCUUUCAAGCAGAAUGUAAAUGUAAUAAUACAGAUAGAUUUUUACAUGUUUGGUGAGUGACUGUUUCCAACUAAGGCCUACCAAUAGUAUUGAAGUAAAUGUUAAAAAUUUUUUUUUUUUUCUUAAGUCUUUUAAAACAAAGUUUACAAAAAUAUAUAUCUAUAAACACAUAUACAGU